UCCCAGGUGCUGGAGAUGCCAGGUUUGGUGUGCUCAGACAUCCAGACACACAGGCCUCAGGGCCCUCAUAUGGACCCUGCCCGUCCCUUCCAUUGUCCAGGACUGUCAACCCACCCCACUUCUCCAGGCUUCCAGCCCCUCCUUAGCCUGGGAUCUGCACAGCAUUGAGGGACCUGGGAAUCAGAUUUUGAGACAUUCAACAAGUGAAACAGGGACAAAGCCCCAGCCUUUAACUCACUCCGGCUCCUGCACCAGCCUUAUCAUGACGAAGGAAUAUCAAGAUCUCCAGCACCUGGACAAUGAGGAGAAGGACCACCACCAGCUCCGAAGAGGGCCACCUCCGCCCCAGUCUCUCUGCCAGCGUCUCUGCUCCGGACCCCGCCUCCUCCUGCUCUCCGUGGGCCUCAGCAUCCUGCUGCUGGUGGUUAUCUGUGUGAUCGGAUCCCAAAACUCCCAGAUGCAGGGGGAGCUGCAGGCCCUGAGAGAAGCCUUCCGUAACUUCACAGGGAGCACUGAGGCCGAGGUCAAGGCCCUGAGCACCCAAGGAGGCAGUGUGGCAAGGAAGAUGAAGUUGCUGGAGUCCCAGCUGGAGAAACAGCAGCAGGACCUGAGUGAAGAUCACUCCAACUUGCUGUUCCAUGUGAAGCAGUUUGUGUCUAGCCUUCGAAGCUUGAGCUGUCAAAUGGCUGUCCUCCACGGCAAUGGCUCAGAAAGGAUCUGCUGCCCUGUUAACUGGGUGGAGUUCCAAGGCAGCUGCUACUGGUUCUCUAAAUCGGGGAAGCCCUGGCCUGAAGCCGACAAGUACUGCCAGCUGGAGGAUGCUCACCUGGUGGUGGUCACCUCCUGGGACGAGCAGAGGUUUGUCCAGCACCACAUGGGCCCUGUGCAGACCUGGAUGGGCCUAACUGACCAAGACGGACUCUGGAAAUGGGUGGAUGGGACUGACUAUGAGACAGGCUUCAAGAACUGGAGACCACUGCAGCCGGAUGACUGGUAUGGGCAUGGGCUGGGAGGAGGUGAGGACUGUGCCCACUUCACCCCUGAUGGUCGCUGGAAUGAUGACGUGUGCCAGAGGCCCUACCACUGGGUCUGUGAAACAGAGCUGAACAAGACCAGCACUCGACGUCCUUCCUCCUAAUUUAUUUUCUCAAUACCCUGAACUGCCGAGGUAUGGCCCAUCUCCUAUAUGCUUGGAGCAACCUUUGGCUACAUGACUGGCCUUGUUAUUUCACCACUCUGGAUAUACUGGAAUAGAAACAACUUACAUACAAGAACAAUUAACUGGAGCAAGGGGAGAAGAUAUUUCUUUGUGCAGAUUCUGUAAGAGCUGUGUAGAAAUGUAUAUGGUCAAAGCCAAGCAGUUCCAUUUACAGCACUGUUUUUUUUUAAUGUAGUUUCAACAUGAUGUGAUUGUAGCUUUUUAAACUAUGAAAGCCCUGAGAGAUUGUACCUUCUAGUUGAAAUAAAGUAUUUAUAAUAGGC